AACAGAUCAAAAUAAAAUGGGUAGGAAAAGGUCAGGAAAGUCAGGAUCUGGCGCCAGCAAGCCAUCUGCGGCUCCUGGAGCAAGAAUCAAUAAGAUGGAGCAGUACGAGGAUACCCUUGAGCCGGGAAGUGUUGACGACUUCAUGUUCAAGCGUGAUCAAAUCAGUUUUAAUCCUCAGGAUGAGUCCGAUGAUGAAGAUAUCAAUGCCGACGUCGGUGAAGAAGUUUUGAGUCUCGAAUCUGCUCGUCGUCGAGCUCGUCAAGAUGAGUAUGAAGAGGAAGAGGAGGACUAUUCCGAAGAAGAAGCCCCUAUCAAGAAGCGUAAGGAAAAGUCCAAGGAUGAUUUGUCAACGAAGGGUCGAUAUGGCAAGCCUAUUGUCUCGUCCGAUGAAGAAGAGGAAGAAGAAUCAGGAUCCUCCGAAACCGAAGACGAAAACUGGGGUAGACAGUACUAUGCGAGGCCAAGUAACAGACGAGAGAAAGAAAAAGAGGGCGCUUAUGUUGAUGAGAAGAAGGAAGAAGAAAGAGAGAUGGAAGAAAGAGAGGUGAAAAGGUUGCAGAAAAAGCAAAGGGAGGCACUUGGCGGUGAAGACUUUGGUUUCGAUGAUCUUGAUGAGGUUGCGGCCGUGGAACCUGUAAAAGGAGUUGAAAUUGAAGAGACACCAACCGUUAUCGCACCGCCAAGUUCAGCCGACCCUGCUACUCUUCUCCGUCAUCUUCAAGCGCAUGAACCUCUCAAACUCGCCCUCACAAGAGAUUUCCCUCUUGUUGUGCAAAAGCUUCAGAAAACGUCUCGAGGUAUCAAAAGGAUGGAAUCUGAAAACCCGGAAGACGGACAGUUACAUAAGGGUUUGGGAUGGUUACACUAUCAAACCCUUUUGACGUACGCUGCCACACUUUCGUUUUACAUCCACAUCAACUCUCUUCCUCCUUCUUCUCGACCCGACAUCCCUAUCAUCCCCCGUCUUCUCGAGCUCAAACAAGGUCUCACUUCUCUGGAGGACCUCGAUUUUGACGCUGCCUCUGUCUCAGACAAUCCGCUUACUCUCUAUAACCCUCUUCUCGACUGGGCCGAAGGCGAGGAUGAAGAGCUCAAGGAGGGAAAGGCCGAGCUCAUCAAGAGGAUGCAAGCUGUGAAUGACGAGGAUUGGGAGGAUGAUGCGGAUGACCUUUGGCAGAAGGAAGGUCUUGAGGAGAAUGAGCUGGAAGAUUUGUUAAAGGAUGCGGACAAGGGUGAGGGUGACGUUCAGAUGUUGGCCACAAAAUCUCAAAAGAAAAAGAAAGAGAAGAAAUCCAAGAAAGAAAAGAAGGCCAAGAAGGCUGAGGAUGAUGACCUGGGAGGCUUUGACGGGUUGGACGGAUUUGAUGAUCUCGAUGAUCUAGAGGGUCUCCUCGAAGAUGACAAACCCAAGAAGAAAUCCAAGAAGAUUAAGAAGAUCAAGGAUUCUGAAUCUUCUUCCUCCACAGCUAUUUUUGCUCCUCUUGCCGAACCUGAAUUUUUCACCUCGAAAUAUAAAUCCAAGAAACCCAUCUCUGACGAGUCCGAUCCUCUUGGUGACCCCACAGGGCUUACCGAUGCUGAUGCUUCCGACAAGUCUGCACGUAAGCGUUCUUUGGCAUUCCACACUUCCAAGAUCAACGCUACUCUUGCAAGGCGCGCAGAAGGUAGAGCGAACAGGAUGGGCGGUGAUGAAGACGUGCCGUAUAGGGAUAGGAGAAAGGCGAGAGAUGAUGCCCUCAAGCGGAAUAGCGUCCGUUCAGAAGGUGAAGAUCUGGAAGAGGUGCGGCCGGAGAAGGAGAAGAAGAAGAGGGUCAGGGAUGAGAUUGAGGAUGACGGGGAAGGGGCCGCCGAAGAUGACGAAGCAGACGGUUAUUAUGAGUUAGUUAAAAGAAGGAGAAAGGACGAGAAGCGGGCCAAGGAAGCUGAGCAUGAGGCUAUUGAAAAACAAUUGCUUGCUGAGCGAGCCGCCUACGAUGACGGAACUGCCGAUGGACCUCGAACCAUUACACGCGCUAUUGAGAAGAACCGUGGUCUCACCCCACGACGAUCCAAGACCGGCCGAAACCCUCGAGUCAAGAAGAGACAAGCAUAUGAUAAAGCGCAGAAGAAGGUCGCCAGUCAACGUAGUGUCUACAAGGGUGGUCAGGCGGCAUACGGUGGGGAGUACAAGGGUGAGAAGACUGGUAUCUCCAAGGUCAUCAAGAGUAGGAAGUUCUAGAUGGGAGAGUGGUGUUUGGGUCUUUUGC